CUGCGCCUUUCGCCCACAGCAGACCACAUCUACCACUACAGCAACCGCGAGACGGGACACAACAUAAUGGAUAACGAACACCAAGAAAUGCACGGCGAGCAAUCGCACCUGCCUCCACACAUCGAGCGCUCUCAGUCGAGUUCCUCUUCUUCGUCGGUCGAUCACGAGCACGAUUCCCACAUCCACCAGCCGACUCCGAUUCGCCCUCGUCUACCCAGUCGAAAGAGCAGCGGUCCGUUGGUUGUGCCGAGAGAUAGCUCCGCCGUUGGUCCUAUCGACACCGAGUUUGGACCCGAUGAUGUUAGAGCAAUGAGCCCGAGGAGGACGAGCGAGGACAUCGAAGCGCUCGGCAGAGAAGCGAGGGAAGAACUGAAGAGACACGCCAAGGCUCUCCAGGAGUCCCUCAUCACUAUUUUCAAUCGCAUUGAGGCGGUCAGGGAAGAACACGACAAGCUCGACAACAACAACAAGUUCCUUCAAAAGUACAUCGGCGAUUUGAUGACGACGAGCAAAAUCACAGCGCCUCCAAGCAAGGGCAAGAAAUGA